GUGAUUCCCAAUCAGCUUUAGUGAGCGGACGCAGCUCUGUAAUCUGCUGUAAUAGACUCACGGAGGGUGGACUGUUCUCCUGCCUGCAUCCUCGCUAUGAACAGAGCAUCCCAGCAGCGCCACUUUGAAGUCUCCUCGCAAACCUGGACUUACAUUCUUUUUACAGGAUUUUAAACUGGAUUGUCAAAUUUGGAUGCCUUUGCAACCUUUAAGAUCAGCAACUAGCAGGCUUGACAUAAAGUUCGACUUAUCGACCAGUGCGCCAAAUCACAUGCAGGCCAAUAUGAAGACUGUUAUCGUUUUUUCAAACAAAUCCCAAAGUAUCAAUUUUUAUAUGAUCCCUCAGCGUAACCAUAUCAUCAACUAAAAGGAUGAGUUUGGAUUCCAGUAUGUUACAGAAUUAAAGCAACAAGCAACCUGAACACUCUUUGGAACAUUUUAUAUUUGGUGGUGGUGGUGUUUUGGAUAUCUGCCACUUUAGAAGCCAGGAUUUUCCACUGGAGCCACAUUUUAUUUGAAUUGAAUAUUAUAUUGCUGGAUAUAUUGGAUGUAUAAUUUAUUAACCAAAGCUCAUUUGAUGCUAUCUUGUUUUUAGGAUUAUUGUUUCCUACCUUUAAUGUUUACUAUGAAUCCCAUCUGCUUGUCCUUCAAGGUACACUUGUUGCUUUGUACUUUAUUAGGCCUAUGCCUUGGCCUUGAGUUUACAGGAACCCCUGGUCAGUGGGCUCGCUAUCUCCGCUGGGAUGCCAGUACAAGAAGUGACCUAAGUUUUCAGUUCAAAACAGAUGUUUCCACGGCUCUGCUUCUAUAUUUUGAUGAUGGCGGAUACUGUGAUUUUCUUCAGUUAAUGAUCGUGGAAGGGAAGGUGCAGCUGCAGUUCAGCAUUGACUGUGCAGAGUCCACCAUUGUUUCGAACAAAAGAGUGAACGAUAGCAAUUGGCACUUUGUCAUGAUCAGCCGAAAUAACCUUAGAACUGUCCUGGUAGUGGACAGUGAGAGAAAUGCAGAUGAGGUUAGGCCCCAGAGGCAGUACAUGAAAAUUGUUAGUGAUUUGUUCUUUGGUGGCGUUCCACUGGAUAUUAGAUCAUCUGCAUUAACGCUGCCAACCGUGAAGGACCAAACACCAUUUAAAGGAAUUAUCACAGAUUUGAAAUAUGGAAACGCACAACCGAAGCUCCUGAGCAGCCAGAGUGUCAGAUUGGAAAUGGACGGCUUAUGUACGGAAAAUCCUUGUGAAAAUGGUGGGAGUUGCUCAGUAGUCGAAGGGCAGCCAAAAUGCGAUUGUACCAAUACGGGGUAUGUGGGACAGUUCUGCAGUGAAGCAACUGCAGACGUCAUCCGUUUUCCAGGUUUUUCACAUCUGAUGAUGGGCGAACAAGCAAGGGAGGAUAAUGUUGCCACAUUCAGAGGAUCGGAGUAUUUUUGCUAUGACCUUUCGCAAAAUCCUAUCCAGAGCAGCAGCGAUGAGAUCACCUUGUUCUUCAAAACUUGGCAGCGGAAUGGCCUCAUCCUACACACAGGGAAGUCAGCAGAUUAUGUCAACCUUGCCAUGAAGGAUGGAGCAGUGUCUCUCGUCAUAAACCUUGGAUCUGGGGCAUUUGAAGCACUAGUAGAGCAAGUAAAUGGCAAAUUCAACGACAACGCGUGGCACGAAGUUAAAGUCACGCGCAACCUGCGGCAGCAAUCAGGCAUUGGACACGCUAUGGUUACAAUCUCGGUGGAUGGCAUCCGGACAACGACUGGUUACACGCAAGAGGACUACACCAUGCUGGGAUCGGAUGACUUCUUUUAUGUUGGUGGGAGUCCAAGUACAGCCGACUUACCAGGUUCCCCGGUCAGCAACAAUUUCAUGGGCUGCUUAAAAGAGAUUGUAUACAAAAACAAUGACAUCAGGUUGGAGCUUUCACGCUUGGCAAGGAUUGGAGAUCCGAAGAUGAAGAUCCAAGGAGAUGUGGCAUUUAAAUGUGAAAAUGUUGCCACAUUGGACCCCAUCUCUUUUGAGACUCCCGAAGCAUACAUCAGUCUUCCCAAGUGGGACACCAAACGGGUGGGCUCUAUUUCAUUUGACUUUCUCACCACAGAACCAAAUGGACUUAUUUUGUUUACUCAUGGGAAGAGAAAAGAUUCCAGCAGUCAGAAGAACACUAAAGUCGACUUCUUUGCUGUGGAGCUUUUGGAUGGUAAUUUAUAUUUGCUGCUAGAUAUGGGGUCAGGAACAAUUAAAGUUAAAGCCACACAGAAGAAAGCCAACGAUGGAGAAUGGUACCAUGUGGAUAUCCAACGUGAUGGAAGAUCAGGAACUAUAACUGUUAACAAUCUGCGGAUUCCUUUUACCGCCAGUGGAGAAAAUGAAAUUCUUGAUUUGGAAGGAGACAUGUAUCUAGGCGGACUACCAGAAAAUCGGGCGGGCCUCAUCUUGCCUACAGAGCUGUGGACUGCCAUGCUUAAUUACGGCUAUGUGGGGUGCAUUCGAGAUCUGUUCAUCAAUGGACAAAGCAAGGAUAUCCGCCAGAUAGCAGAAGCACAAAAUGGUGCUGGCAUAAAGCCGCUGUGUUCGAAGAUCAACUCUAAACAAUGUGAAAGCUAUCCAUGUAAAAACAACGCAGUGUGCAAAGAAGGUUGGAACCGAUUCAUCUGUGACUGCACUGGGACUGGGUACUGGUCGAGAACAUGUGAGAAAGAGGCAUCCAUACUCAGCUUUGAUGGCAGUAUGCACAUGAAGGUGAUCAUGCCCAUGGUCAUGCAUACAGAGGCUGAGGAUGUGUCACUUCGUUUCAUGUCUCAGCGAGCAUAUGGCUUGCUAAUGGCUACAACAUCUAGAGAUUCUGCUGACACCUUGCGCCUAGAGCUGGACGGAGGCCGUAUUAAACUGACUGUUAAUUUAGACUGUAUCAGGAUAAACUGUAACUCCAGCAAAGGACCAGAAACUCUUUAUGCUGGACAAAAACUCAAUGAUAAUGACUGGCAUACAGUCCGUGUGGUUCGACGGGGUAAAAGUUUGAAGCUUACAGUUGACGAUGACACUGCUGAAGGUCAAAUGGUGGGCGAUCACACUCGACUGGAAUUCCACAACAUUGAGACAGGAAUUAUGACAGAAAGACGUUACAUUUCUGUUAUUCCUUCCAGUUUUAUUGGGCAUCUUCAGAGUUUAAUGUUCAAUGGAAUGCUGUACAUUGACCUCUGCAAAAAUGGGGACAUUGACAACUGUGAACUGAAUGCCCGAUUUGGAAUGAGAUCAAUUAUAGCUGACCCAGUCACUUUUAAAUCCAAAAGCAGCUACCUUAGUCUUGCUACGCUUCAGGCCUACACGUCAAUGCACCUCUUCUUUCAGUUCAAAACUACUACUCCAGAUGGCUUCAUUCUUUUCAACAGUGGGGAUGGCAAUGAUUUUAUUGCAGUUGAGCUUGUAAAAGGGUACAUUCAUUAUGUUUUUGAUCUGGGAAAUGGACCUCACGUAAUUAAAGGAAACAGUGAUAAAGCGCUGAAUGACAAUCAGUGGCACAAUGUUGUCAUCACUCGAGACAACAGCAAUACUCACACUCUCAAAGUAGACGCCAAGGUUGUCACGCAAGUUAUCAAUGGUGCUAAAAACCUUGACCUGAAAGGUGAUCUCUACAUUGCUGGGUUAGCACAGAACAUGUACAGCAGUUUGCCCAAGCUUGUUGCAUCUCGGGACGGGUUUCAGGGAUGCCUGGCAUCUGUUGAUCUGAAUGGCCGUCUCCCAGAUCUAAUUAAUGACGCUUUGCAUCGCAGUGGCCAGAUUGAGCGUGGAUGUGAAGUUGAGUUCACCAAAGCAGAUCUACAAGGUCCCAGUACAACAUGUCAGGAGGAUUCCUGUGCCAACAGUGGCAUCUGCAUCCAGCAGUGGGAGAACUUCACGUGCGAUUGCUCUAUGACUUCUUACUCUGGAAAUCAGUGCAAUGACCCUGGCGCUACAUAUAUCUUUGGCAAAGGAGGAGGACUUAUAACGUUCACCUGGCCAGCAAAUGACCGACCAAGCACUCGUACAGACCGACUAGCAGUUGGCUUUAGUACAAAUGUCAAGGAUGCAAUACUUGCACGGGUGGACAGUGCACCCGGUCUUGGAGACUUUCUUCAGCUGCAUAUUGAACAAGGCAAAAUUGGAGUCACAUUUAACAUUGGUACAGUGGACAUCACCAUUCAAGAAACCAGCACGACUAUAAGUGAUGGUAAAUAUCAUGUUGUACGGUUCACCAGGAACGGUGGCAACGCAACGCUGCAAGUGGAUAACUGGCCAAUCAACGAGCAUUAUCCAACAGGCAGCAGUGAUUAUGAACGGCUUCAAAUGGUAAAUAAGAAAAUCCCAUUCAAAUAUACCCGACCUGUAGAGGAAUGGCUACAAGAGAAAGGACGGCAACUGACCAUCUUUAACACCCAAGCUACUAUCACAAUUGGUGGAAGUGACCGAAAGCGCCCGUUCCAGGGGCAGAUGUCUGGUCUGUACUACAAUGGCCUUAAGGUGCUGAAUAUGGCAUCUGAGAGAAAUCCUAAUAUUAAAAUAAAUGGCAGUGUGAGAUUCAUGGGCAAUUUGCCCACUGUGUUAGGAACAGCCACAACUUCAGUGCCUCCUGAAAUGUCCACAACUUUCAUUGAGACCACUACCACAAUGUCAACAACAACAACCAGAAAGCAUCGUUCCCCACCAACAAUUCAGACUACAGAUGAUAUGGUUUCCUCAGCGGAAUGCUCCAGUGACGAUGAGGACCUAGAUGAGUGCGACAAUAUUUUGCAAGGAGGUGAAUUAGUUAUCCCUGUACUAGUAGAAGAUCCCUUAGAAAUUCCUCCUAUAGCUACUCGUGCACCUUUCAUUACCCUCCCCCCUACCUUUCGCCCCCUCCUUACCAUUAUUGAGACCACCAAAGAUUCCCUGUCCAUGACCUCUGAGGCGGGGUUACCUUGCUUGUCGGACCAAGGCAACGAUGAUUGUGAUGAUGAUGAUGAUGGCUUGGUGAUAUCUGGGUAUGGCUCAGGGGAAGCUUUUGACUCUAACCUGACCCCUACUGAUGAUGAAGAUUUUUACACCACCUUCUCCUUGGUAACAGAUAAGACCUUUUCUACAUCGGCCUUUGAAGGUGGCUACAAAGCACAUGCGCCCAAGUGGGAAUCCAAGGACUUUAGACCUAACAAAGUCUUCGAAACUGGUAGGACUACUACCACAUCUCUGUCCCCUGAGCUGAUUCGCUCCACAACUUCUUCCACGCCUGAAAUGGUGCCCAAAUUGCCAGCAGGUAAAAUGAAUAACCGAGAGAAUAAGCCCCAGCCAGACAUAGUUUUGCGUCCAUUGCCCACUGCCUAUGAGAUAGACAGCACAAAGCUGAAGAGCCCAUUAAUAACCUCCCCAAUGUUCCGUAAUAUACCCACAGCAAUCCCCACGGAGCCAGGCAUCAAACAGGUUCCGGGGGCCUCAGAAGUGGUUCGUGAAUCUAGCAGCACAACUGGAAUGGUCGUCGGAAUAGUUGCUGCAGCUGCUUUGUGCAUCUUAAUUCUGUUGUAUGCUAUGUAUAAAUACAGAAACAGAGACGAAGGAUCUUACCAGGUGGACGAAACUAGAAACUACAUAAGUAAUUCAGCACAGACAAAUGGUGCUGUAGUGAAGGAAAAACAACAAAUAGCGAAAAGCAGCAACAAAAAACAGAAAAACAAGGACAAAGAAUAUUACGUGUAAAGUGAAACAAGAAAAAAGAAAAAGAUUAAGUGAAUAUUACAGAGGACAAUUUGAAAUUACCAUAUCAGGAGCUGCAAUGUAAAGUGAAUACAAAAAGUGAAUAAACUGAAAACUCUGCGUAAUGCAUGGAGCCACUGAACUAUGAGAAGAACUGUAUAAUAAAGCACACUUACUAUUGUAAGCAUACCGAGAUGGCUACUAGCAGCAUUAGUGACCUUUGUUUUUUAUUCUAUCUGGUCAAAGUUAUCAGUGUAGAAUACUUCACAGCUACAAUACAUCAUUAUACCCAAGUGACUCUUAGAGAUCUUGUGAUCCUUGGCGUAAUCCUCGUUCAUUUGGAAUUCAUUUCUGGUUUUGGUAACCCUGUAACAAUAUUUUGGCCAUUUUCGAGCAUGUAUGUGACAUAUAGCACUGGCAUCUCUUGGAGAGUGGGUCUGAAGAAGAAAAAAAACAAAAAAUCAAACAAUUGAAGGAUUGUCUAUAGACAUGAAAAAAGAGACUAUUGCCAUAGACGAGAUCAAAAUUUGUAUUGUUUCUACAUAAUAAAGUGUGGUGUCUUAUAAUUUUUGCUGUUUUGCAAAAAACAAACGAAAAAACAACAACAAAAAACUGGAAUAUAUUGCAAUUUAACAGACAAAAAGAAGAAGUCCUUGUUUAAGAGAAGAUUGAUCAGGUGCUGAUCUGCUGGUGUUGUGAUCACACUCACCCUAACUCUUUGCUUAUAAAUGUACAACUUAACGAUGUAAUUGAGAACAUCUGGUACUUUCAGUUCUGAGCAGCUGUCGGGUUACAAACUUGUUCUCAAUCUUCAGUACAGUGUCUGAUUGUUGUGCAUGCCAUUCAAUGCUAUGAGGUGUUCAAUAUGAAUUGGACAAAUGUAACAGGCCAAAAUAUAUGAUCAAAGUCACGUUUCCUUUACUUCACUUCUUAACCUCAAAAAAAGCGAAACGAAAAGAAAAUGCAAAUAAAACAUUGUUCUUUUUUUGUUAUUUAACAACAUCCUAAUACAAGCCUUUAAUGAUCCAUUCUGUCCCCUCUGCUUUUUCUUUAUUCAAUUUAAGUUUAAUAUCAUGGAUAUAUUUUUGAAAAUACGCUGCUGUGACAAAGUAAUCUUGUGAUGUCUGAUGGAAGACUGGUACUCUAACACUGUUAAGGAUGUUAAAACAGAAAUAAAUCUAAUGUGAACGUGUGAAUUUUAUCUGUUGUCACAGUCAACUGUGUCAAACAACAAAUUUGUUUACAUAUUUUAUUACAUUAUUGCUGUUGUACUUUGUAGGUAGAUAUUGUACAUAAAUUUUAAGUUGUACUUUUUUUAGUAUUUUAAUGUACAGACUGAUCAUUUGGCUUAUCAGUGUAUUUCAUGAGAUUCAAAACUGUAAUCUGAUAUGAGAAGAAUAAUUUGAAACAACAAAAAUAUAUAUAAAUAUAAAUAUAUAUAUAUACAUAUUUUGUAAAGAGAGGGAAAACUAUUGUUAGGCUAGAAAAUCGAAUCUUUCUCGCUGAUGUUUCUAAGUCGCAUGAAUAUUUGACUACUGAAAGCUGUCACUCAAAUACAAAAUGCCCUUCCUAAUUGUA